CUGCAAAAUUGGGUGUGUACUUGUUGGUUUUCAACAUUAAAUUUCUUGGAGAUUCAACGGUCACGUAUCAUAAAAUAUUGAAUUAAAUUGAAUCAUGUCCGGCAGCCCAAAGCCUGUUAAGAAAGUGCCCAUACACUUACAAAGUGCUCAAAAUCGUAUUUAUAUUAAAAACGGUCAAAUCGUCAAUCAUGACAAAAGUUUCAAGGCGGACGUCUACAUCGAGGAUGGAGUCAUUAAAUUUGUUGGGAACGCUUCCGACAUAACGAUUCCCGGAGGUGUGCGCGUUAUCGAUGCUGCCGGACGAAUGAUUAUUCCGGGAGGCAUUGAUCCUCACACACAUUUUCAAUGUCCCAUGGGUGAUCAUGUAUCCGUGGACGACUUUUACCGCGGAACCAAAGCGGCUGUGGCUGGUGGCACAACGAUGAUAAUUGAUUGUGUUCUGCCCAAAAAACACGAGUCUCUGGUGGAAGCCUAUGACAACUGGCGCGCCUGGGCGGACCCGAAGGUCUGUUGUGACUAUGCCCUGCACGUGGGCAUAACUUGGUGGUCGAAAUCGGUUUCCGAGGAGAUCGGUAUUCUGUGCAAAGAGCUGGGAGUGAAUUCCUUUAAAAUGUAUAUGGCCUACAAAGGUCUCUACAUGUUAGGCGAUGCUGAACUCUUGGACAUUUUCGAGAGAAUUCGAUUUCUUAAUGGAAUUGCAUUGGUUCAUGCCGAGAAUGGUGAUAUAAUAGCCAAGAACACAAAGAGCCUGUUAGCCGAUGGUAACUCUGGCCCUGAGGCACACGAGCUUUCGCGCCAAGAGGAAGUUGAAGCCGAGGCUGUACACCGCGCAUGCAUUUUAGCCCACCAGAUGAAAACACCCCUAUACGUCGCUGGGGUCACAAGCAAGUCCUCCGCUGAACUCAUUGGACGCGCCCGCCGCAGCGGCUAUUCAGUGUUCGGGGAAACUCUCGCCAGCUCCAUAGGCCGCAGUAUGAGCAGCGUUGGCAAAGCGGAACGGGUUUAUUAUAUUACCAGUCCGCCUAUACGCAUGUCUGCCGAAACUCCAAGGCAGCUGAUGAAAUCCUUGGCAUAUGAUGAUCUACAGGUAACAGGCAGUGACAACUGUACCUUCAAUAAAAAGCAAAAGGAACUUGGCUUAUCCGACUUCACUAAAAUCCCGAAUGGCGUCAAUGGGGUGGAGGAUCGAAUGUCGGUGGUGUGGGAGAAAGGAGUGCAUCAGGGCGUUCUCGAUCCCUGUAGAUUUGUCGCUGUCACCAGCACUAAUGCUGCAAAAAUCUUUAAUAUUUAUCCACAAAAAGGGCGUAUUGCUAUUGGUUCGGAUGCAGACAUCGUCAUAUGGAAUCCACAGGGUACACGAACCAUUUCCAAAGACAGCCAUUACCAUGCUUGUGAUUAUAAUAUUUUUGAGGGCAUGACUGUACAUGGAGUCGCUGAAUAUGUGUUGGUGCGCGGUCGAGUUUGCGCCGAGAACGGAGCAGUUCGCGUUGCUGAAGGACAUGGUCGUUUUAUACCGAUGGCGGUGCGUCCGCCAUAUGUUUAUGACAUUGUUAAGGAGAAAGUGAACGUGCCUGAAGAGCAUCCCGAAGAAAAUCAAAAUGGCAAUCUGGCCAAAAAGUUUGCUGAGUUAGAUAUUCUAAUUCCAGAAGAAAAGACAAUGUCUGCUCUGAUCGCUGAGAAUCUGCCAAUUAUGACAGGACACUCCCCUUGCAGCACACCUUCGGUGCGUGGUCACGUGGACGGCAGAAGGGACAUGCAGGAGUCCUCAUUUUCGAUUAGCGAGGAGCUGGACAAAUCCGGCGUUCGUUCUUGCAUUAAAGUAAAGAAUCCGCCUGGCGGAAAAUCAUCUGGAUUUUGGUAAAACUUCCAGACGACCAUA